AUGUCGGCUUUGACUUUGACUGCGAAGGAAACUGAGAUGCUUGUUGCUGUUAUGUCUGAGAUGGGUGAGAUUCCUAACACUAUUGACUUUGAGCGCGUCGCCUCUCGCGUUGACGUAAAAUACGGCAAGAAUGCACGUCAAAGUUUCAAGAAAUUAUUUGAGAAGUUGAAGGCUCAAGCUGGACCUUCUCCAGACGGUGGAGAUGGCACUAGACCCCCCAAGACUCCCAGCCCCACCAAGAGAGCAUCUCCCAAGAAGAAAGUUGGCGCCAACAACACUCCCAUCAAAGCUACCCCCAGACCCAGAGGAAAGAAGGCCACAGUCAAGAAGGAAGCCAAGGAGGAAUAUGUUGACAGUGAUGAGGCGUUGGAGGAUCCAGUAUUGGUCGACGAAGAUGGCAAGUCACCAAAACACAUCUCUCCUCUCACAGCCGAAAAGACUGUAGAAAAUACCGGAGUUGGCCUAUCUACUGGAUUGUCUGAAAGUAUUCAGACAUCAGAUGAGGAUAUCAAGAUGUCUGUCGUCGAAGUCGGUGAGGAUGUAGUUGAUGAGCAAGUCGAGCUCGACGAACAACUUCAGGCCGAUGAAGGAUUCCGAAUAAAUUCGACCCUUUCCCCGUCUCCGUUUGACUUGUUCAUUUCGGACGAGAAGAUGGCACAGCUCAAGAUGGAUGUUAUUAGGUUUGUUCGCAAGUUGGUUCUGGUAUUGAGCAUGGAACGUUGA